UAUAUUUCAGAAUGAAAUGAGUUUUGACUGGGAGAGUUAUCUCUCAAUGACGAACUCUUGUGGUGCUGAUCCUCAGAGUUUUACUCAUGUUGAACAGAGUUUAAGAUCUAUUAUCUCGGAAAACACUGUUUGUGAGAUAGAAUAUGAAUCCGGUGUUUACUGGUUUGCACACGUGAAACUAAUUUGCGGUCAGCUCCUGUAUAUUUCCUACCUGAAUCCUAGUAUUCAGUUCAAUCCAGAUCCAGAGUAUUCUUGGUACAAUCUCAGCAGGGCAGGAAUUCGAAGAUUUGGUUAUGCACAGACGAAUCUUAAACCUCCCUCCUCUUCCGACUCCGACUCAAACCUAUCUCCUAGUUAUUACAAGGACCUAGAGAAACUAGGAAAGGAACGAUCUUGGAUAUUCCUUGAGAAGGAUAUUGAACCAACCAACUCAACUGCAUUCGGAGAUCAUAUAAAAUCAGGGUUGAGGUUUGAACUGCAGGAUGAUAAGGAUCCAACCCAGCUCUGGAUGGUUUCAGUUUCAGAGAACUCAGGGGGUUUACUAGGUCAGUGGGUAUUUUUAAUCGAAACCAGAAAUGGGGCUGUCUUGGGCAGACCGCCUAGGGUGGACAGUACAACUCAUGGAUACAUUUCUGCGUGUUAUUUUCAGGUUCCUGAGAAGUUAAAGGAGAAUGGAUAUCCUGAACCUGUUUGGAAACUUCUUAAAGCUUCUUUUAGGGAUGGUCGUGUGAUAAAUGAGGAUUGUAUUAAACUUGAAUCCAGGAGUCCUAGAUCUCAUUCAUUCCUAGAGAAGAUGCUUCUAGCAGUUAUAGAUCCUAGAACCCGGAACCGGUUUCGAGUUGCAAUUGUGGAGAAAGUGUUUGAUCAGUUCUACUUCAGGAUUUCAUUAUUAGAAGAGUCAAGUACCGGAUUGAUCUGUAGUUGUGAAACUGAUGAGAUAAGUUCUAUUCCUUGGGCAAUCAAACAUGGAUUGCUGGACAAGAAAUCAUUGCAGGAUAUGCCGUGUAGUCCACAGAGUAAGAUUGCUCCUAAACCAUUGUUUCAUAAUAAGCCAGAAACUACAGGGUCUGCUAGCUUUAAAGUCGGGGACAGGUUUGAGUAUUUAUCUAACCCUGAGAGUCUUACAUUCCAUCUUGGUGUUGUUCUCAGUGUUAUCGAACACAUUCUCCGUAUUCAGGUUCUGGAUGGUUCUGGAACCCCUAAUAUAUUGGUGAGUCAACGAAACCUAAAUAUGUUUCCUGUAGGUUGGUGUCAAACCAACAAUAUUGAGCUUACUCCUCCUCCUCUUAUACCUCCUCCUUCUCCUGCGCUACCUCCGAGUAUACCGGAGAUACCAGAGGAAUCUAGUCUGCCAAUUCUCCCAGCAAACCAAGAUCUGUCUUCCGAACCCUCCGCCAAACCUUCCUUAUCUGGGUUCUGGUGUCCGCCCAUCUACUUCAAUCAUCUCUGCUACUCCGCCUCGUUUAUACGGCGCCCCCGGCUUGAAGCCCUGCCUCGAUUUAUUGGACCAGGUCCUGUCCGCCUGGUUAUGAGAGAGGUCAUUUCUCGGCUCAUAGCCUCGUCCUUUAAGUCUGGAUCUAUUCUGAAGAAACUAGAGGUUGGCGAGGUGAGGAGGCCGGACUACUGGUCGGAGAGAAUGAAGGGGAAGAGUCGUGUACUCCUACUCCAGGGGGAGGUGGAGGUGCCAAGCAAGGCGGAGCAGGUUCCAGGAUUCUGUAGAGAAAUCUGCCAGAAGUUGGAAUGUUGUCCCUACCUCUUUGGUCCGGUAAAUGUUGGCGGCGAAUGUCCCUCCGCAUGUCAGAGUCGACCAAAGCAUGAGUUUCAAAUGGAUCGGUCAAGAGGUUCUAAACGGCGGAAAGGGAAGAGGAAGUGGAAAAGAGCGGGGGAAGCGGAUACUAAUGGAACUGAAGAGAAUAGAGAUGAGUCUAGCAGUGAUGAUACGUCUGCCACCCCAUCAUACGCCACUACACGCGAACCAAGCCGCGAAACUUCCCCAGACAGGGACGCCUUGACACCACUGAAACGUCAACGGUUCUGCGACGAGAACGGAACCUCCCUCCAGCUCAAGGUUAAACCAACCCUCCGGGAGAUGGAAGAGAUGGAGGAAUUUAUUGAAGAAUCUCUCAGAGAAUCCUCUCCUCAGCCCCUUCGGGCUCCGUCACCUAAACUACUCCGUUCCAGAACGUCUGGUGGAGGACAGUCUGCAACGGAGCCGGAGCCGCUGUCCAACCUUGAACUUGAGGCAGCUUUUGCAUUUGCUGAUUUACCUAUACCGCCGCCAUUAAUGGCUGAACCUCCGCCCGUAGCUAAGAUAACAUUAAGUUCGAACCCUGUACAGUGGACUCCAAGAGAUGUUCAGGAGUUUAUCUCUAGUCAAAGAGAAGUUGAGAUUGCUGCUCUAGCUUCUGUUAUGAAACAGGAACAGAUUGAUGGGAUGGCAUUUCUUCUUUUAAAUCUUCCCACGAUAUUAGAUCAUUGGAGAGUACAGUUUAAUACAGCAUAUUUACUCUGCAGAUUAGUGGAGUCAGUGAAGCUAGCAUUUUAUGUACAAUAUGCUCAUACAGGGAUUGGACGCUAAUCCACUAACUGUACAUUAUCUGUAAAUUUUAAACUGUACAAUUUAGCUGUACAGUGUACUCUUAACAUUUAUGUGUAUAUUGUUUGGAUUAAGUCUUUGAAAGAGAGAUACAAAUCACUUUUUUGAUUUUUCAACUAAAUUUUUAGUUAUCAAAUUUUAACUAAAUUUUUAGUUAUCA